AUGGUUAAAGACACUAAGCUAUAUGACUUAUUGGGGGUGUCACCCUCAGCUAACGAACAAGAAUUGAAGAAGGGUUACAGAAAGGCAGCCUUGAAAUAUCAUCCUGAUAAACCAACCGGUGAUACAGAAAAGUUCAAAGAGAUUUCAGAAGCUUUCGAAAUAUUGAACGAUGCUCAAAAGAGAGAAGUUUACGACCAGUAUGGGCUAGAGGCUGCCAGGAAUGGUGGUCCAUCCUUUGCUGGUGCAGGCCCUGGUGGUGCUUCUGGUGGGUUCCCCGGUGGUGCCUCUGGUGGGUUCCCUGGUGGUGCUAGCCAUUCGUUCACGAAUGAAGAUGCCUUCAAUAUUUUUUCCCAAUUUUUUGGUGGAAGUUCCCCAUUUGGUGGUGCUGCCGGUGGUAGCGGUGAUGACGGAUUUGGUUUUUCAAGUUUCCCAUCUGGUGGAAGUAGCGCCAGAUUUAGUUCAGGCGGGUUCCCUGGUGGGAUGCCUGGUGGGAUGCCUGGUGGGAUGCCUGGUGGUAUGCCUGGUGGUAUGCAUGGUGGGAUGCCUGGUGGGAUGCCUGGUGGGAUGCCUGGUGGUUUCAGAUCAGGCUCUGCUUCACCGCCACAUGCGGAAGAAGAGGUUGUGUCCGUUAAUCUGCCAGUCAGUUUGGAGGACCUGUAUUCUGGAAAGAAGAAAUCUUUCAAGAUUGGUAGAAAGGGGCCUAAUGGUACUUCUGAGAAAACUCAAAUUGACAUUCAAUUGAAACCGGGUUGGAAAGCAGGUACAAAAAUUACGUACAAGAAUGAAGGUGAUUAUAAUCCUCGUACUGGUGGUAGAAAGACGUUACAAUUUAUUUUACAGGAGAAGACGCAUCCACUUUUCAAAAGAGAUGGUGAUAACUUGAUAUAUACGCUUCCAUUGACUUUCAAAGAAUCUUUGCUAGGAUUUACCAAAACAAUUCAAACCAUUGACGGUAGAACUUUACCAAUAUCGAGGAUUCAACCCAUUCAACCUUCAGAAACUUCUACCUACCCAGGUCAAGGUAUGCCGGUUACGAAAAAACCGGGCCAAAGGGGUGAUUUGAUUGUAAACUAUAAAGUUGAUUAUCCAAUAUCAUUGAAUGACGCUCAAAAACGUGCCAUUAACGAUAAUUUUUGA